AUCAGAGAUAGUUACAAUCCUUCCGUCAGUUUAGUCGAGUGAAUCAAAGAGCGAAACGAAAAAUUAACUUUUCAAGAAGUUUCAUAUAAUCAUAGAUAUACACAAAUACAUUGAUAUUUUAUAAAUAAGUUUUGGCUUUAAAAAAAACUUUCAUGUUUGAGAAGUGAAAAGAUUUAUUAUUGGCUUCAUCUAUCAAAUUCUUGAUAACUAUGGCACCGACAGCUGACACAUUUGGGGACACCAAAUCUACUGUUGACUUGACGAUUAAUGGUACACCAUACACAGUAUCCGAAGAUGUUCCGGCAGAUACAUCUCUAAACGUUUUUAUUCGUGAUCAUGCGAAAUUACGAGGUACAAAAUCCAUGUGUCUUGAGGGUGGUUGUGGUGCUUGUAUUGUUGCUGCAACAGUAAAAGGACAAACCAUGGCAGUGAAUUCUUGUCUUGUACCUAUUUUUAUAUGUAACGGAUGGGCAAUUGAAACUAUCGAAGGUAUAGGCAAUAGAAUGAAGGGAUAUCAUCCCAUGCAAGCAGCCUUAGCAGACAUGAAUGGAUCACAAUGCGGAUAUUGUUCAUCUGGCAUGGUCAUGAAUCUUUACAGUCUUUUGAAGGAUAAGAAACAAACAAUGAAAGAAAUCGAGAAUUCAUUUGGUAGUAACAUUUGCCGAUGCACAGGUUACAGACCAAUUUUAGAUGCAUUCAAAUCUUUUGCUUCUGAUGCACCACCUAAGUUAGUGAAAGCCAUUCAAGACAUCGAAGAAGCUUAUAAAAUAAAAAAAUGUCCAAAAAAUGGAUUGCCUUGCUUAAAUGGACAAUCUUGUGGUCUAGAAUUCUCAACACCUGUCUCAAUGAAAUUAGAGGACGCAGAUUUUCACAAAGUACUUUCGGUGGACCAUCUCUUCUCGAUGUUUCAAACAUAUCCGAAUUCUACUUAUAUACUGAAUGGUGGAAAUACUGCUCAUGGUGUUUAUCGAAUUGAAAAACCAGAUAUUUACAUUGACAUAAACGAUAUUCCCGAUUUGCGUCGAAUAGAAAAAUCUGAAAAUCAUUUGACACUUGGUAGCAAUGUGUCUCUUACAGUGGCAAUGAAAACAUUUGAAAAAUAUUCGAAGGAUAAGGGCUUUGAAUACUUACGUCAUUUGGCUCAUCAUAUCGAUCUAAUCGCAAGUGUGCCAGUCCGUAACAUCGGUACCAUCGCUGGUAAUCUCAUGAUCAAACAUAAACAUCAUGAAUUUCCAUCGGACUUGUUCCUCAUGUUUCAAACUGCUGGUGCACGCAUACACAUACUCGAAAGUCCUGGAAAUAAGAUCGAGAUGACUUUGCUAGAAUUUCUUGAAAGUGAUAUGAAACACAAGAUUAUAUACAGUGUUGUCCUUCCACAUCUCGACAGCUCUUACGAAUUUAGAUCUUACAAGAUCAUGCCAAGAGCUCAAAACGCGCAUGCUCACAUUAACGCUGGUUUCUUAUUCAAAUUGGAUGGAAUAGGAAAAGUUAUGGAGAAGCCUAACAUUAUAAUCGGUGGAAUUAGAGAUGAUUUUAUGCAUGCAAAUAAAACUCAAGAUUUUCUUGUUAACAAAUCGAUAUUCGAUAAGAACGUUGUCAAAUCUGCUAUUGAUACAUUGGACAAAGAAUUAAAUCCAAAUCACGUUUUACCUGAUUAUUCGCCAGAAUUUAGGAAAACUUUGGCCGAAGGAUUAUUUUACAAGUUUAUAUUAAGUAUAAGACCACAGAACAUCGAUCCAAAACUUCGAAGUGGUGGAACAAUUUUAGAACGUGAAUUAUCAUCAGCUAAACAUGAUUUCGAUACUGAUAAAAACAUAUGGCCAUUGAACAAACCUAUUACAAAAAGGGAAGCCAUUUAUCAAACUUCAGGAGAAGGACAAUACGUAAAUGAUAUAAUGCCUUUGAAGGAUGAAGUUUUCUGUGCUUUCGUUGUCACUGAAGUAGCUAAUGGUAAAAUCGAAAAUAUUGAUGCAUCGAAAGCUUUGGAAAUGAAAGGAGUGGUAGCUUUCUUUACAGCAAAAGAUAUUCCUGGAAAGAAUAUAUUCAUCUCAGGUUCUAGCAAUCUGAUGAUGCUCAAUGAAGAUGAAAUGCUAUUUGCGGAUAGUACAAUAUUAUACGCUGGACAACCAGUUGGUAUAAUAGUUGCAACAACUAAUACUGUUGCAAACGAAGCUGUGAAGAAAGUAAAAGUAACAUAUACCGAUGCAUUGAAAACAAAACCAGUAUUAACCAUCGACGACGCUUUAGCUACUAAUGAUAAAUCCAGGUUAUUCCAAACUGCACAUAAUCCUGCAAAAGAUAAAGGUAAAAACACGAAACAAGUUAUCAAUGGCUCGUUCUCUUGCGGUUUUCAAUAUCAUUAUACCAUGGAAACUCAAUCUUGCGUUUGUAUUCCAACCGAGGAUGGGAUGGAUGUUUACCCAGCAAGUCAAUGGAUGGAUCUUAUUCAAGUUUCAAUUGCUGAAUGCCUUGGAAUUAAAAAUAAUAGCAUCAACGUCAACGUGAGACGUUUGGGUGGUGCGUACGGAGCAAAAAUUUCACGAUCAGCUCAAAUAGCCUGUGCGUGUGCUCUUGCAUCUCAUAAACUUAAUCGACCAGCAAGAUUCAUUUUGUCGAUUGAAAGUAAUAUGAUAAGCGUCGGCAAGAGAUAUUCCACUAAACAGGAAUACGAAGUUGGUGUAAACAAUAAUGGACGUAUACAGUAUUUGAAUUCAACACAUUGGGGUAAUGCCGGCUGUAGUUUUAAUGAGUUGCAUGCACCAGUUGUAUUGCAUCAUAUGGGAAGCUGUUACGAUCCUAGUCGAUGGUCCUGUGAUGGUUUCGAAGUUAAAACGGAUCUCCCAUCCAACACUUAUUGUAGAGCACCAGGAUCUACGGAAGGUAUCAGCAUGAUAGAGAACAUAAUGGAACAUAUAGCUGCAAAAGUAAACAAAGAUCCUCUUGAAGUUAAAUUGAUAAAUAUGAACCCAGAGGAUAAGGGUGUGUUGGAACCCUUGAUAGAAGAUUUGAAGAAAUCUGCUGAUUAUGAUUCGAGAAAGAGAGCAGUCGAGAUGUUUAAUAAUGAAAAUCGUUGGAAAAAAAAAGGAAUGGCUUUGGUACCAAUGAAAUAUCCUCUCAUGUAUUGGGGACAAUUUAAUGCUAUGGUUACCAUUUAUGCACGUGAUGGAACUGUUUCCAUUUCUCAUGGUGGAACCGAAUGUGGACAGGGCAUUCACACCAAGAUCUCUCAAGUAGCAGCAUACAUUCUAGGUAUAGAUCUAGAACUUGUUAAAGUCAGACCAAGUGAUAAUUUUACUGCGCCUAACAAUUCCGUCACAGGUGGUAGUAUCACUAGCGAAUCUUGUGCUUAUGCAACCAUGAUGGCCUGCAAAGAACUUUUAUCAAGAUUAGAACCUAUCAGAAAAGAAUUAAACAAGCCAACUUGGCAGGAAUUAGUUAUGGCAGCGUAUGUGAAGGACGUUGAUUUGUGUGCUCGUUACAUGUUUACAUCAAAAGACGUAACGCCUUAUAACAUUUAUGGUGUAACCAUCGCAGAGGUUGAAGUUGAUAUGCUUACAGGACAACAUCUUGUACAAAGAGUUGAUCUGAUAGAAGAUACUGGUGUCAGUCUUAAUCCUGAAAUUGACUUGGGUCAAGUUGAAGGUGGUUUUAUUAUGGGAAUGGGAUAUUGGACUUCUGAAGAUUUGAUUUACGAUCCUAAAACUGGCGCAUUAACGAAUUAUAGAACUUGGAAUUACAAACCUCCUGGAGCUAAAGAUAUUCCAGUUGACUUCAGAGUUUCGUUUAGAAGGAAUACACCGAAUCGAUCAGGUGUAUUAAGGUCUAAAGCAACUGGCGAACCUCCAUUAUGUAUGGCUUUUGUAAUUCCUCUUGCUAUUCGCCAAGCUUUAAAUGCUGCAAGAUUAGAAUCUGGAAAAUCUGACUGGUACCAACUAGAUGGUCCUGUUACUACGGAAAAAAUUCUUCUCUCAAGUCUAACUAAUAAAGAGUUAAUGACGCUGUAAAUUUAAUAGUAGUAGCAACAGAAAAUACAAAAUAAAAUAGUAAUAUUUUUAAAUAUAGAGAAUAUAUAUAGAUAAUAAUUUUUACAUUUAUAUACAAGCUGUAAUAUUAAAAUGGAACAAUAAAGUUUUGAACAGGGUGUAUAUAUUCAA